AUGAAUGAUUCGGAACUAUUUUCUCACCUCAACUUCUUGCUAGUUUUUACAGAUGAACUAGCCCAUCAAUAUUCGGAGAUUUCUUCACUAUUAAAGUCACAUUCUGCAAACUCGGUUCACAAUAUAAAUUUAUCUCUGGAGACUUCAGAUAAUCGCAAUGCGAACAAGGUAUGCAAUAUUUUGAAAUCAGAUUAUGUCCAUUUCAUUAUAUCAAACUCAACUGAUUUCCAAUUCUAUAAUAUAGUUGCCUUCCAAUUGAUCAUUCCGGUAGUAACUCCGUUUUGGCUUUAUGAUUCAAUAAAAAAGAGAAAAGUAAUUAGGCCAAAUAAAUAUUCUCCUGACUCCAGAUUGAUUUUAAAGAAUUUUAAUAUAUUUAUAUCAAGAGAACUGCCGGGAACCACACCAUAUUCAAAGCGUAAAAAGCACUAUUAUGAUUACGAAUUCUAUUCACAGUUAGUAACAACUUUGGGGGGAAAUGUCACAAAUAUUAUCACAGAAGCCACAACUCAUAUUAUAGUCUCAAACCCAACAGAUCCUGCUAUUAAUGCAUUGAUACAGUAUUCUCAUCAGACAAAAAAAUUAGAUAAAGUUCAGUGCCUACAUCCAAUAUGGUUAUUAAGAAUCUUCAUUGAUGAAAAGAUAAGAGGUAGUAAGAAUUAUGAUGUAAAUCAGACAGAUAUUAUAAGUGAUCUUAUAGAUAGAACAGACUCACAAUGGGAUAAAUUAUUUCGCGAUUUAGCGCAUAAGAAGAAGCAAAAAUCAGCAAAGUUAAACUUACGCUCUUAUUCAUUUUUUAUUCCAGCCAAAGAGAAAAUAGGAUUAAAGUUAGUUGAAUUUUUAUCUCUGUAUCUUGAAUCAUGUGGAGGAUCGAUACUUAGAAGCAUAGAUGGGGGGGGAAUUUAUUCAAAUAAUACUACCGUUAUUAUUUUAGCGUUUAAUAAUAAAGAUAUAAACCAAGGUCAACUAAGGAAUAUCGAUCAUAAAAAAGCUAAUGUGUUUUGGAUAUUUAAUAUGUAUUUGAUGGGCUAUAUUUUUGAACCUUCUUCUUCACUCUGGGAUCAACCUUUUAAUUAUGAACAAUUACUACAAUCUAGUAAAAAACUUAAUUUUUCUUUAAGCAAUUAUUUUGGGAUCCAAAGAUUUUACAUUAAAAAAAUAAUUCAUCUAGUUAAUGGUAACACAACACUAAACUUUUCUAAAUUAAACGACUAUUUAAUAACACCACUACAAUGGGGCAACAAGUUUAAUGCUUUGAAAGAUAUUAAUCCAAAUUGUACAGUUCAUUCUCAUUUAUGGCUAGAAAAGUAUUACCGAAAUUAUCCAACAUCAGAAUUUGAAUUAACUACUCCAUCAGAUUUAAAUAAAAAGCAAAUUCGAUAUUUAUCAUUUUCUGAUCAAAAAAAUCUCGAAGACUUUUUCAAUACUGAGGAUCGAUUUAAAAAUUCUGCUCUACCUUCAGAUGAAUCAGAGUUUGUUGUAGAAAAUAAGCUCGAUCCAAUAAUGGAUGAUUCAAUUAGAUACAAUUUUGACUCAAAACUAAAUAAUUCUGAUGUACUUAAUUUAUCUGACUCUAUAUAUGAAUUUUCAACUGAUGAUGAGGAACAAACUGACUUAGAAAUUCAUUAUGAAGAUAACAACGACCCUAUACCAGAAUCUGAGAUACCUAGUAAUAUUACUUCAUCGAAUGAUUUAUCUAGGGUAAUAAAGGAAGAGCUAAAGCUACAGUCAAUAGAAAACACAAAUAAUGAAAAUCAAGAAAAUUCUGGCACGAUAAAAAAGGCAGUAUUAUCAUUAGAUCAUCUAAACAUUUCAGAAAAGCCACAUCUUUAUUCUAGUCAAACUGAAUUAGCUAGAUUAUCAACCAAAAAAUUACCUCUCAAAGUCGAUACUGCUGAUAUUAAAGAUGAAUCACAAAUCCAGUUGCUACAUACCAACGAUGAUACAACUAAAAGAGAAAGAGAUGAUAAGGCAGAAGCUGAUGCUACAACAAAAGCGGAUGCAAAAACAGAUACUGAGCUUGGUAUGAAGACACGAAAUGACUCUGAAAAUCAACAAAGCAAUCAGCAUAAUAUAACAAACUUGGAUCAUCAAUUAUCUGAACCAAGUUCAGUAUUACAACCUUCAGCAAGCAGUAAAUCUACGGAAACUUUGAUUCCAGUGAUAUCAUCUUCAGACGAAUAUGGUAAAUUAACGCAACCACAAGAAUCUGUUCAGAAAAAAAGUUUCUACAAUAAAGAGACGAAUUCUAAAAAUGAUGAGAUUAUUACUAGUAAUGUCUCCUUAGCUCGCAGUGCAUCAUUUUCCAUGGUGAAUAACGGUAAAGCUAUUAACAACUCAAACGAUACACAGACUACCACUAAUCUAUUAAACAUACAACAGUCACAGGAUAUUUUAGCUGAUUCCAGCUUAAAUACAACUUCUCCCUAUACAAAUACAAAUAGUAUUGCAUUAUUUUUACCACGAAGAUCAGCAAGAGCCAAGGCUGAGAAACGACUGCAUACUGAUAUCGAAUCUUUAAAUGAAUUUGAGAAAAAUUCCAAGAGUAAGAGAAUAAGAAGUUUCUUACCGACUGAAUUAGAAAAAAUGAAAAAAGAAAAAGAACUAGAAACUCAAGCUAAAGAAAUACUUUCUAAAAUUUUAACUGAAGAAGACAGAGCUGUUCUUUGUAGUGUCACUCAUACAAAUAUUCCAUUAAAAAGAUAUCCUUAUAAUAUCAAUGCUAUAUGUACAGGCUACGAAGAAAACUACACAGAUCUUGAGUUAUGCUUAUUGAGAUUGCUGGGUAUUAGAAUUUAUCAAAGCACUAAGACUAAAUCAUUAGAUACUAUUAUCUCACCCAAGUUUGUAAGAACUGCCAAAUUUUUAACCAGUUUAAGUUUUCAUCCCUUGAAACAUGCUAUAAACCCUGAAUUUAUUAAAGAUAUAUUAAACGUUAUAUCGCAAGGGAAACAGGUUAAUUAUAUAUUAAAUCUAGAAAAAUACCGCUUAUCCGAAAUAGAUGAUGAGUUGUUACAGAGGACCACUUUAAGGACAAAAGUAUUCGAAAGAUUAAAAAUAAUCAAAAUCAAUCUAGUUAGUAAUAAGUCUGGCUUUUCCGAUAUGAUCUCGUCUGUUUUGAAAGCACAUGGUAUAGAAAAAAUAAAAUCUAUAUCAAUGAAGAUGUCGAUUAAAGAUGCAUUACCAAACGAAUCAGACGCCAAAUUACAAUUAAAAGAAUCUGGAACGUAUGUUAAAAAAAGAAAAACCUCUAAGCCUGAUCUAGUUUAUAUCUGCCCAAAGGAGCAUAAGCUAUUUAGGAAAAUUAAACAGCAAAUUGUAGCAGAGAAUAUACCAGCACUCAUAGUUGAUUGGGACUGGUGCGUCUACUGCAUUCAAAACCUUGUAACAGUGUUUCCAAAUAAUAUUCCUGGCUUAUUAUUUGAUAGUACCGAAAAAAAAUGA